AUGCCGGCCGCUCACGACGCUCACGACGGGAUGAGCUCUGCAGCCGUCGGCGUCUGCGGCGGCCCAGAGCAGGCGCGUGAACUCGGGGGCGUCAGCGAGGCCGAGGCCACCGGCCCCUGGUUCGGGAGGCGGAACUGCCCUCCAGCCCCCUCGCGUCUGGUGGGCUGCACCUUUUUCCUAGCGGCGAGUGGUCUCUACUCCUCAAGUGAUGACGUCAUCGAGUUAACACCAUCAAAUUUCAACCGAGAAGUUAUUCAGAGUGAUAGUUUGUGGCUUGUGGAAUUCUACGCUCCAUGGUGUGGCCACUGCCAAAGGCUGACACCAGAAUGGAAGAAAGUGGCGACUGCGUUAAAAGGCGUCGUGAAAGUAGGUGCAGUUGAUGCGGACAAGCACCAGUCCCUGGGAGGCCAGUAUGGUGUCCAGGGAUUUCCCACCAUCAAGAUUUUUGGAGCGAACAAAAACAGACCAGAAGAUUAUCAGGGUGGCAGGACCGGUGACGCCAUCGUGGACGCUGCCCUGGGCACGCUGCGCCAGCUCGUCAAAGACCGCCUGGGCGGCCGGGGCGGCGGGUACAGUUCUGGAAAACAAGGUAGAGGUGAAAGUUCAAGUAAGAAAGAUGUGAUUGAGCUGACAGACGACACCUUUGAUGAGAAUGUUCUUGACAGCGACGACGUCUGGAUGGUUGAGUUCUAUGCGCCUUGGUGUGGUCACUGCAAAAACCUCGAGCCAGAAUGGGCCGCUGCAGCCACGGAGGUGAAAGAGCAGACAAAAGGCAAAGUGAAACUGGCUGCUGUGGACGCCACCGCGAACCAGGCGCUCACCAGCCGCUAUGGGAUUAGGGGAUUUCCUACGAUCAAGGUGUUUCAGAAAGGCGAGUCUCCUGUGGACUACGAUGGGGGACGGACAAGAUCUGACAUCGUCGCUCGGGCCCUCGACUUGUUUUCUGACAACGCGCCCCCCCCUGAGCUCCUUGAGAUCACCAGUGAGGACGUGGCCAAGAAGACAUGCGAGGAGCACCAGCUGUGCGUCGUGGCCGUGCUGCCCCACAUCCUCGACACGGGUGCCGCAGGCAGAAACUCCUAUUUGGAUGUUCUCCUGAAGUUGGCAGACAAAUACAAGAAGAAGAUGUGGGGGUGGCUGUGGACGGAAGCUGGGGCCCAGUCUGCACUGGAGAGUGCCCUGGGGAUCGGAGGGUUUGGCUACCCCGCCAUGGCGGCCGUCAAUGCCCGCAAGAUGAAGUUCGCUCUUCUCAAAGGGUCCUUCAGUGAGCAGGGCAUCAACGAGUUUCUCAGGGAGCUGUCUUUCGGUCGUGGCUCUACAGCGCCUGUAGGCGGGGGGGCGUUCCCCCCCAUCAGCACCAGAGAGCCGUGGGACGGCAAGGACGGCGAGCUUCCCGUGGAAGACGACAUCGACCUCAGCGACGUGGAGCUGGACGACUUGGAGAAGGACGAGUUGUGAGAGCUCAGCGUAGGCCUCAGUUUUCUUUUCUUGGGAGCGAAUAUUUUUCAGCAGUGAAGGAACAUUCUUAAAAUCAGAGACUCUACCAGUGGCCUUUCAAAGCAAGAGGUAGCACUUGUUCGUUCGUUUGAAAGCACUGCAACAGUGAACUUUCGCGUCUCAAGAAAACGAUGAGAAAUUCUAUGAAUUGUUGUAACCGGUGAAUUGGGCUGUAUUCUGUUGAGUAAUAUUUUGAAGAAAGCGGAUGGGCUAUUGAAACACUUCCCCUCCCUCUGGCUGCUUGGAUGUUCCUGGAGUCUGUUUCUUACAUAAUUUUUUAAAUGUGAUUCUUUUCAUUUGAAUAUAAUGGCUUUUUUCCAUUCAAGAAUAAAACAAUAUUUUGGACAACGCCAAUAAGCGUGUGGAAUUAGUGUCCACAUAAUUAAGAGCCUGUGUCUAGCCCGUAAGUUACUAGUGCCGGGGAUGAGCCCGAUAUCUCUCCUCCCUCUGAACCGGGGUCCAGACGACCGUGGCGCCUCCCGGCUCGGCCGCGGGCCGGCUCCUCCCGGACGCGUGGCUCACGUGGGCAGGCGGACACCGCGGCGUCGGCAGAGAAGAGCGUCUCCUGCGGCGCCUCGCCUCGGGCCCUCGCCAGUGAUGUAGCAAACACAGCUGGUUGUCGUCAGCUCGAGGCGUUCACGCCACUGAGGUCCGCGGAGCCCCGAUUCCCAGGCGGAGACGAGGUUUGAGUCGCAGCAUCAGCCAAGAGCCGAGGAGUAAGCAUUUACUGUAACUUAAAAAAAUAAAUACAACUGUGACU